GACUUGCACUGGACCCAGGGUGUUACUGAGGGCUACAAUGGCACUAUUUUUGCCUAUGGUCAGACUGGCAGUGGGAAGUCAUUUACCAUGCAGGGCAUUACGGACCCUCCUCCACAGAAAGGCAUAAUUCCCAGGGCAUUUGAACACAUUUUUGAGAGUGUACAGUGUGCUGAAAACACCAAGUUCUUGGUGAGAGUCUCUUAUCUGGAGAUUUACACUGAAGACAUAAGAGAUUUAUUAGGAGCUGACACCAAGCAAAAGUUGGAGCUUAAGGAACACCCAGAGAAAGGGGUGUAUGUGAAAGGGCUGUCACUGCACACCGUGCACAAUGUGGCCCAGUGUGAGCGCAUCAUGGAGACAGGUUGGAGAAACCGAGCAGUGGGCUACACCUUAAUGAACAAGGAUUCUUCCCGUUCCCACUCCAUCUUCACCAUCAACAUGGAGAUCUAUGCUGUAGAUGAAAGAGGAGAGGAUCACCUUAGGGCUGCGAAACUUAACCUAGUGGAUCUGGCUGGAAGUGAGAGGCAGUCCAAAACUGGAGCUACAGGAGAGCGUCUCAAAGAGGCCACCAAAAUUAACCUCUCUCUCUCAGCACUGGGCAAUGUCAUCUCAGCUCUGGUAGAUGGCAGGUGCAAACACAUUCCCUAUCGAGACUCAAAGCUGACCCGGUUGCUGCAGGACUCCCUUGGGGGAAAUACAAAGACCCUCAUGGUGGCCUGUCUGUCUCCUGCUGAUAACAACUAUGACGAGAGCCUCAGCACUUUGCGCUAUGCAAACCGGGCAAAGAACAUCAAGAACAAGCCCCAUAUCAAUGAGGAUCCCAAGGAUGCUCUGCUAAGAGAAUAUCAGGAGGAGAUCAGGAAGCUGAAGGCAAUUUUGGCUGAACAGAUGAAUACAAAUAAUGUGUCAGUAGGGCUGUUACCUGCUGAGACUACUCAGCUGGAACUGAAGCCAGCUCUCCUACCUGACUUCCAGCCAGAUGUCGAGGCAGAGAAGCAGCUGAUCAGAGAAGUAAGCCAAGGAGCAUGAUCCCCAAGUUGUUUCCUGCUACAGUUUGCACACUUUUAUAAUCCUCAGCAUAAAGGGGUGCUGUGUGACUUUCUCAGUACAUGCACCUCAAUCUUUGGUCUUAUACCACAGACAGAAUCUGUGUUGUUGGAGAUCGUGUUACAAUACUGUUGUUUCUCAACAUUCAGAGCUGUCCCAUUCAUAGGACAGUCCCAGGCCUCACACUUGGAGCAGUCAUGUGCUUCAGAGGGUCAUAAAGCCUGGACAGCACAGGGACCAGCAGCAGAGUGACUAGCCCUGCUCUGCCUCACUAGCUCCCAGCAUCGUUCAGGAGAGGAGGGGUCAGGGGCUCUGGGAAGAAUGGGGGCCAAGCAGGAGCAAGAAGUGGUGGGCUGGGGAUUGAGCCUGGGACAGAGGUGGAUGUCUCAGGCCCAGCACCCCUAUAGGACAGCACUGCCAACAUUGUUCCAUUUUGCUUUGGGGAUGGGAUAGAAUUGGGUUCUCUGCAUGGUUUAAAUUGCAUUGUAGAGAUGCCUUAGCUUUCAGCAUUCCCUGCUAUUCCAGUGUUGAAUCUCCUUUCACGAAAGAGUCCAGUGAUCCUGAUGUGUCUAACAAUUGAGCCACGUCCUGAGCUUUCUAGUCACUCCUUACUUAGGCUUUGUUUACACUACUUUUUAAAGUGUAGUUGCAGCAGCACUGCUGUGACAGCACUUUAACACAGCAGUGUGAUCAAGGCAUUAGCACUGGGAGAAAGAUCUUCCAGCGCUGUCGGUAAACCACCUCCAUGGGGAGUAGUUAAUAGCGCUGAGAACCUGUUUACAUUUGCACUUUGCAGCACUGUAACUUGUUGUGCUGUCAAGGCUUUUCCUCACACUAGCAUGACAAAAUGCAGAAGUGGGGGCUCGCAAGAGCACCCCAAAAACCUUGUCUCUACAGGCUUUGGUACAAAACUUCUCCCCAAAAUCAUAAUACCUGGAUUUUGGAUAAUAUCUACUACCACCACUCAAGUAAUUCCACAAAAAAAGUCAGGGAAGAGAUCAUUUGGGAAAUCUCUUCCCUAAGGUAAAACUAGGACACCACACUGAACCAAUACCAGGUAACUAGGAACAAAGAAAACAAAUGUUUAUUAUCAAAACAAAACUACAGUUGUGAGCAUAAUAAAGGGCCUAGAUGAAAAAGAGCCACCAAUUGAUUUAGAUACUCGGGAAGAAAAGUCCUUGGGUUAGAAAGCUUCCAUUACAAAAAGGAGAGAGAAAACACCACUUUAAAUAGCUCAGACAUCAAACCCAAAUUCCCAAACCAUAAAACAAUAAAACCUGACAGACUAUCUGAACUUUGCCCUACUUACACAUUGUGAGAAAUCUUUUGUUGGAGAGAGAUGUGCCUCCCAGCUCCCUGUUACUUGGAAGAAAACGCUCUGACUCAGACAAAGGAGGGCAAAGAU